AAGUAUUGUUUUCGGUUAUCAAAUAUUCAUACGCCUGCUGAACAGAAAUUAGUUUAUCUCAAAAUUGCCUCAUUGUCAUGAUUUAAAAAUAAAUAUCGUAUUGAGUCCAUGUUAUUACAGACACAUAAAACAUUCUCUUUGCAGGACUAAUGGAAUAAUUCCACUAUCACCAUAAUGAUAGGAAAUAGUCAAUGGUUUUGUGUCUCUUGUUUUCCAUAUUAUGAAUACACUUCAUAAUCUUAGACACAAUAUGCAAUCUUGAAAAUGGUAGGUUACCUAUGUAUAAUUUAUAGUCACUUUACUAUUUAUGACAAGAGUUCAACCUUUGUACUGCACAGGAAGCAAAAUGAAUUCUUGGACGGUUGUUGCCUACUGGCUUUAUGAAAUACUCACUAUAUCGCAUGGUAACCAGAUAAAUAACUUUGAUUAUAUUGAGUCUACCACUUUGAAGAAUACACUCCCAGUCUCUGGAACCUUGCCAGUAACUAAACGUAUUCCAAGGGUAUAUUGUGCCAACUUUUGUAUCCGAAGAAAAAAGUGUCAAAUGUUUUUCCAUGAAAAUAUUGGCAUGCACUGUUUACUCUACGACUUUUUGAUUUGGAAUGAAACCCCAACUAAAGUUUCUAAUGGAUUCCGUGCUUACAGGUUGUUAAAUGAUGGCAGGGCCAAAUGCCGAAACAACGAUGUUUGGAACAGGGGUGGCAACAUAUGCUUCAGACAAUACAACAGCAGUAGCAUGAUCACUAGUGGUGAAGCCAAGAACCGUUGUAAUGCUCUACAAUCUGAUCUUCUAAUCAUCGACACCAUGCAGAAAAAGAUGUUUUUCGAAAACUAUUACCGAGGAACUAAUUCAUUGCCUGCAUUGGUCGGUCUAUCAGACAAAUCGUUUGAAGGCAUUUGGAUUUGGGAUAACGGCGUACUCUUCAAUUAUUUCCACUGGGGACUGUUUGGGGUCGAAUUUAAUGGCGUUGACAUAACUCGUCCAGGUGUUUUCUGUUUGAAUGCUGACUGUGGGUGGAUAGGAGUCUACAAGGACAUCUUCAUGGUUUGGGACAAUUGUUGUUCGAAGACCUCACAUUGGAUAUGUUUUUACAGCCCAUGAACUUUUCGAAAAGAACUCUUUGCUCCAAGUUAUGGUGACUGAAUUAUUAAUAAAUUGUAAACACAAGUUAGUAUAUUACAAUUUUGUUAAUGUGUUUUUAUUAAACAUCAUAUCCUACUUGAACGAUUGCGUUGCAAAACAGAAAUAACGAUAAUUUUAAUAGCGUACACAUAUAAUUACUUUGCCAUUUCUACUGAAUCUAUCUAACGGAGGGAUUUUUAACUGUUU